UUUGAAAAUAACGUCAAAAUACGCUUGAGCGUCAACAACAUUUCGUCUUCGAUUCCGCAUCAAAAGUGACGAUAUAAAAGAACGGACAAGCAACACAGAAGAACGGCUAUAUAAAGUUUGUGACUGUUUCGUGGUCACUAUGUCAACCCGGAAGCCAAACGGGGCUGCUCAUCUUGAUGCUUAUUUGUACUCUUUGGACUCACCGCGCUUCCGUUCGACGCCAUUUUGAUGAAACAGCGACGAGAAGGGAACUCUUGUGUGACUGUUGGAUUUUGUGUCGACAUACGCAUUGUGGAAAUAUCUUAAUCACCUUUCCGUCGGGGAACACGACUGAUGGACCAGAAGAGGAAAAAGCUCCCAUUUGGGUUCAGCUGGUGUUGGCAUUAUGAUUAGUUAGCGUAGCUCGUUAGCACGGCCUCGAGUCGGUGAUGGCGUUGGUUUGCGGCGCAUGUCUGGCUACUUGUGUCACUGUGUAGCGGGUUAAUGUCGAUGUGUUUCGUAUUAAUUUUGCGUCAAUUGUCGUUUCAUUUGACAUUCAUCUUAGCGUAAACGUUGUGGACUCGUUUCGACUGCCACCACGCAGUUCUGUGGACUUUUGGGACGUCUUAAAUCACGGACUACUGCUAGCAACAUUAGCUAGCGGCCUCGUUUUUCGCUCAAGGACAUUUCAUGGCGGAUGUGGCCCCCUUUUUAUAAUCGCCACUCUAAAUAGGAGUGCACUCUAUUGUAUCCACUCUGACUGUGUUGGCACCCUGUUGUCGUGGGCUUUGUUGGACUUUGAGGACUGACACACGGCACAUGGGCCGUCGGUUGGCGGGCCGGCCUUUAUGUCGACCUCUUUGGUUGGGAUUAACAAGGACUUUUCGUCACUUGCGAUCUGAACCACUCGCCCAUUUUAAUCAAACCCUUUAAGUUUGUCCAGUGUUUCAGCCCAUUUACAACUUUACGUAUUAAAAGUUACCAGGUUUUGGCCUCCUGUGUUGAGUGUUGACGCUGUUUUAUUUCGUUAUCAAGCCUGUCUCUCCUCCCUCCUCCUCCUUCCCUCCUCUUGUACCUGAUCUAUAAGUGCUUCUAGGCCUGUCACAAAAUGUCGUGUGUUCACUACAAGUUCUCCUCCAAACUGGACUACAACACAGUCACUUUCGAUGGGCUCCACAUCACCCUGAGUGAGCUCAAAAGGCAGAUCAUGGCCAGGGAGCGCCUCAAGGCCACAGACUGCGACCUGCAGAUCACCAACGCGCAGACUCGGGAAGAAUACACGGAUGAUGAAGCGCACAUCCCCAAACACUCGUCAGUGAUUGUCCGCAGGACUCCCAUUGGCGGCGUCAAGCCUGCAGGCAGGACGUUCAUUGUAGAUCGUUCUGACACUUCUGUGGUGGGAUCAUCCAGACCCACCGACUCUUCCCCUUCUAUGUCUCUCGCCCAACUCACCAAGACCGCUAACCUGGUUGACGCAAAUGCAUCUGAGGAGGACAAGAUUAAAGCAAUGAUGUCUCAGUCGAACCACGACUAUGACCCUAUACAUUACUCCAAAAAAGCAAUUGGACCGCCACCUGCUCACUACACCUGUUUUCGUUGUGGAAAGACCGGCCACUACAUUCGCCAGUGCCCCAUGCUCCUGAUCCAAGAUAAGAGCGUGGAGGGUCCCAAGCCAGUAAGGACGAGUAAGGGGAUUCCGCAGAGCUUCAUGGUGAAGGCGGAUCCUGGCACCAAAGGAGCCAUGUUGACCAGCACUGGAGAAUAUGCCAUACCCGCGAUAGAUGCGGAGGCGUACGCGCAAGGAAAGAAGGAGCGUCCGCCAUUUGUCCCACAUGAUCAGUCUUCCUCCGAAGAUGACUCGGAUCCCAUCCCUGAUGAGCUCCUGUGUCCCAUCUGCAGUGACCUGAUGACCGAUGCUGUGGUUAUUCCUUGCUGUGGAAACAGCUACUGUGACGAGUGUAUUCGGACUGCCUUGUUGGACUCUGAGGAGCACAUUUGCUUCACAUGCAAGCAGUCAGAUGUUUCCCCUGACAAUCUAAUCGCAAACAAGUUUCUUCGCCAGGCUGUGAACAACUUCAAAAAUGAGACAGGCUACACCAAACAUGGGCGUAGACAGGUUCAACAUUCAGCUCCCCCUCCCCCACGUCUGCAUCUGAGCAGGCCUCUCCACUCCAGGCAGCAGGACCCCCUAUUGGCCAAUAUCUCCCAGCCCCCUGCUGCUGUUAGCAUGACCCAUGCGCCUCAAGUUCAGGACCCAGCCUUGCCUGCGCCUUCCGUUACCACCACAUCUACGCCUACACCUACGCCGCCUUCUUCCCCCCCUCCUCCUGGUCAUACCGAUGGCGAUGUUGCUGAAGAACCACAAGAUGCCUCACCAGUUCCUGCACCUGUUGUGGACCACGUUUCUUCCCGGGUCCCCAUCAACCAGGGAGAGCCACCCCCACCAGGGGAGACGGACCCGGAGGCCAUUGUAAUGCCAAGCUCAUCCAAAAAUGCAGACAGAGACAGACAGGGUUACCAAUUGAAUCUUGGUCUGCCACCGCCUUCAAGGCCACCUCAUCCAUCAGGCCAGCAUUCCCGACCCCACCAACAUCACAGAGGAGGAAGACACUGGGAAAGGUCCUACAGAAGCAGAGGCGACCCACCCUCCUCUCACAUUCCGACAGCUCCACCUCCUCUACCUGCUCCCCCUAUCUAUGCGGCACCAUCCCUGUACCCGCCCCCCCCGCAGCCCUACCCACCCUUGUACCCCACUGGCCCUGGCCUCAUACCCCCCCCUACAAUGGGUUACCAGCCUCAGCCCAUGUAUCCCCCUGGACAUCCCGGGGUCAACGCGCCCUGGGGCGCCCCCGGUAGCCAACCUCCUCUUCUUCCCCUGCCCCCGUCCCUAAAUCUCAAUCCACCUCCUCUCUCCAAAGAGGACUUCUACAGGCAGCGACACCACCGACAAGACAAUAUUACAUCUAAACUGGAUGAAUUUACAAAAGACUUCCACAAAGAGCUCAUGAAGUACCGAAAUGCACCAAAGAGGCAGAGGCCUUCGUACUCAAGCAGGUCCAGGUCAUAUAGCCGCUCUCCAUUCAGCCGCUCAUACACUCGCUCUCGAUCCAGGUCAAGGUCAAGAUCUUAUUCCUACACCCCGAGUCGAUCACGGUCCCGUUCACGUUCCCACGGGCGGCCAUAUCCUCGCUCUCCGUAUUCCAGACGCAACGGACGUAGUUAUGGACGCUCACGAUCAAGGUCUCGUUCCCGUUCAAGAUCAUACGGGUACAGGCGGUCUGGUUCUCCACGAACAUCUCCACCCUCCUUCCGUGGAGGAGGUUGGGAAGGGGCAGAAGGGGCAGGACCGUUCAGGUCUAGGUCACGUUCUCGCUCUCCGGGUGCAUUGCGGAGCCGCAGUCCCGGUGUACGAAAGCCACCACCGCGAGAGCUGCAUGAACUGAAGGGACUAAGCCCUGCGAGUCGAGAGCGCUGGGAGCGGGACCGUUAUCGGCAGUGGGAGAGGGAGUACAGAGACUGGUACAACAAGUACUACAAGGACUAUGAGAAUCAGAAUCAGGCAGUGCAUCAUCGAGGUCGUGGUAGCAGAGAUAGGGAACGGAACAGAGUGUCUCCCCUGCACAGGGAGUACUCCCCCCAAGGACGAGGGAGAAGAGGGCGAGAUGAGAAAGCUGCACCAUCUCACAAUCCUCCAUCAUCCUCAACAGGCACAAAAACCAGCACCAAGGUUCUCAAAACAAAGAAGGUAAAAAAGAAGAAAACUGGGGACGAAUCUGAGCAAUCACAGCAGUCCAUGGACAGAGGUGACGCUACUCCAGUCAGAGACGAGCCUAUGGACGAAAUCCUAUCACCUAAUAAAACAGCCCACGUAUCCUCAAAACCACCAUCUUCCACCACUACCUCCAAGGCUGCUGCCUCCAAAAGCUCCACUCCAUCUGUUAAAACCUUGGUCAAGUCAACAUCCAAGACUGACAAGACCAAGAAGGAUAAGGCCCAGAAGGUAAAAGCCAAGGUGAAAACAGAGGCUUCAAAAGUCAAAAGCGACAAAGUGAAGAAGAAGACUGGUGAAACCGCAGCAACCAAAAAGAAAGACCCAUCUACUGUUGCUAAAACAUCAAAGCCCACCAAAGCCAAACCCGAAGAUGACCACAACUCAACCGUUCCUAAAAAGGAGAAGGCUAAAAGCUCGUCUGUGAGACCCCCCCAACCCAAGACACACCCACUGUUCUCCCAAGGCGUACUUCUGCCACAUUCUUCUCUCCAUGAGAGCUUUCGACCUGGCAACGACAAUCGUGGCCGUCGAGACCCCCCACAUGGGGGCGGUCUCAUCCCCCUCCCCCAUCAAGGACUCGCGUACCUCCACGGACCUCCUUCGCCGCUUGACAACAGGCGGAGGAUGGGAGAAGAAGGCCGUUCUUUACUUGGCUCUCCUCCUGGAAAACUGAGAAGACUAGAUGGACCUGGGAUUGGAGGCGAUGUCUUCACUCACACACAUGCGGCUCAUCAGCAGAGAAUUUCGCACCCAUCUGACAGAGCUGGUCUUCUCCCCAUUAUGGUGGGCCGUGAGAUGCUUUGGGCGGACAAAGACCGAGGACCUAUCAGACCUCUCAUGGAGGUGCCGGUGAAGCCUGUGACCCAGAGAAACAUCCCUCUGAACAGAGAUCCUGGAAGAAAAGGCAACUUGGAGACCUCAACCUCAGACAAAUCUUCUGGUGCCGAGAAGACCACCACAGACCGACCCUCUGCUGCCAACAACCCGGAGGCUGACAGACCCGGCAGUUCUUCUGAAAGUGUUGUCAAAAAGGAGUGGUCGGCUUCAUCUGACAGAGGUGUCUCCAGAGAAAAAGCUGGGGAGAAGUCCUCUGCCUCUGAUCGGGACUCUGACAGGACCUCAGGAGUGGACAGAGAUCGGGAAAGUACUUCUAGAGUGGACAGAGAGAGAGACAGAGCUUCAGCUUCAGAUCGAGGUCGGGAAAAAGCUUCACGUUCUGACCGAGACCAGGAAAAAGUUACUGAUCGAGGUCGGGAAAGAGCCUCAGGACCUGACAGAGAUCGGGAAAGAGCCUCAGGACCUGACCGAGAUCGGGAAAGAGCCUCAGGACCUGACCGAGAUCGGGAAAGAGCCUCAGGACCUGACCGAGAUCGGGAAAGAGCCUCAGGACCUGACCGAGAUCGGGAAAGAGCCUCAGGACCUGACCGAGAUCGGGAAAGAGCCUCUGGUUCGGACCGAAACAGGACUGUGGGUUCUGACAAAGAGCGGGACAGAGUCUCAGUGUCGGCCUCAGCAGGAAAGGAAGCCGAUGCUGGAGAUAAAUCACACAAGAUGGAGCGUAAAAACGCCGUUGGAGGUGCAUCAUUGAGAUCCGUCUGCCUGGAUGGCAUGACAAUUGGAGAAAAAUCUGCCAUCAGCAAGAAGCAGGAGAAGCCUAGCAGUUCCUCCAAGGAGAGGGAAGCCACCGAGAAAGUCCCCAAAUCUGACCGUGCUCCUGAGAGAGCAGACAAGAGCCUGUCGUCUGGGAAGAAGCCUGAUGCUGCUCCCAGAGGGAAAGACAGUGAGACCACAACCGUGAGGACCAAACCCAGAAUCAGUCGCAAGGUUUUAUCGAGUCAGCCUACCAGCUCCACCAGUAGGUCAACUGACGAGAUGAAACAGACGUCUGAGAAAGGAGAGAAGAGUGAAUCUCCUGCUCAUUCAGAGCAGCCCCCACCUAGCACCGGGAACCACGACUUCAGCCCGAUAAGUGUCACACAAGCCGGCCCACUCGGAGAGGAGCUGCUCAUUCAGGCACCCCCUCGCUCUAAGUGGGAGAGGGAAGACGAGGAGGAGGAGGAGGAGGAGGCGGCGACGGCGGCGGCGGCGGCACAGGAGAAGGAAGCCAGCGCACCUAAGGAGCCCUCGCCCGUUCCUCAAACAAGAGAGGCACAGGUGGAAGCGCCCAAAACUGCUAAGAGUGAAGCACGUGUAUUCACACGAGAUGAAAAGCGAGUUUUUGCCAAGGAGGAGAAGAAGAGGGUGCCUAAGGAGGAGAGCAAAGGCUGCAGGCAUACCUUGCCCACUUGUGAUAAACCCCCAAAAGUAAAACUUGUAAGAGAGGACGGCAAAGGAGGCCGACUGGAAAGGGGGUCCUCUACAAGAGAGGAUGGAAGAGGCAGAGUGGCAAAAGAGGAGAUAAGGGGGGGUGCGUUGAAGGACGAGAGCAGGGGGCCUGCAAAGGAGGAGCGUGGUGGGCCUGUCAAGGAGGAGAAGAGCAGGCCCUCAAAGGAGGACAAGAACGGUGGGCGAGAGAACAGAGGCCCUGAGCCAAGGAGACAGCGGCUAUGUUCCGACCUGGCUCGUGAGACCGACGAAGCCGCCUUCAUCCCCGACUACAGCGAAGGGGAGGAGGGCUCCGACUCCAACCCGGACAGGAGCAGCACCCCCAUGCGCUCUGCUAGCCAGCACUCCAACAGCGUCGAGCCAGACAACCGUAGCGACACGGCCAGCCUGUCUACCGGCGCCACAGCAGACAAGAAGCAGAAGAAGAAACACAAGAAGCACAAAAAACACAAAGAGCAGGAGAAGGAGGGCGAACACAAGGAGCACAAAAAACACAAGAAGCACAAGAAGCACAAAGUGCAGGACAAGGAGGGCGAACCUAAGGAGCACAAACAAAAACACAAGAAGAAGAAACACAAAAAGACCAAGGACAAAGUUGCAGAGGACGCCAAAGCUGAGGUUGAGUCGCCACCGUCUUAACAUCCUGUGAAUUGGCUAGUGGAAAACCUUUACAGUGCUUGGUGCAAGCACAGAAAUCCGGAUUUACUCAGGGAUGUGCAGACCCUCCACUUGUACAUAACCAUCCCCCGAGGAGCCUCCAGCACCUCCCUGUGAAAUAUGUGUAAAUGUACAGUUUCUCUCUCCGAUACUCGCCAUGUUCAGAACGCAGUCACGUCCACCGCUUAAUGUCAACCUAACAGCUCCGUGGCUAGGACCUAAGACCUUUGCUUUCCCCAGACAAAUGUAUUGGUCCUGAAAUUGACUUGGACAUUGGCAGGGUUUCCAGAUGUGGGUGCUUCUUCUAGGCUGAGGUUCCCGCGACGCUACACUGGAUUCUAACACCCAGGGUGUCAGGAGUUACAACCAUUGUCUCGGGCUUGGUUUGAAGGAGCGAAUGGAAGGCUGAUCGUUUCCCCCUUUUUUUUUUUAUUAAAAUGUUUUGACCUCAUAAGAGCUGCUUUUUCCUCUUCUUUUCCCCCAUUACAUUCAGCCGAGGAAGUCAUCAUUCCACCUUGAUUUUAUUUUAUUUAAAAAUAGUCAAGUAGACUUUCAAUCAUUUAAGUCCUCACAAACGACACCAAACCUUUUCACUGUUUUAUUCUGAAUGCGGUCUUUGUGUGGCUGACUCCUGCAAUGUGGAGGCUUGCAGGGAUAUCGCCUUUGUCCUUCCAGAAGUCCAAACUUAUGAAAACGUUGUCCUGAAUCCAUCAUUUUACAUGUAGAAAAUGUGAAAUAGUCGCAGUGGAGGAAUGAAAGGGAUGAACGAACUCAUGACCAUAUUACAUCGAUCGGUAAAUUGCAAGCUUUGCCUUUUGGGCUCAAUGCCCUCUACGCCACAACGAAUGCCGACGUGUCACUAAUCCCUCUGUCCAUCUCAUUGGGCAUCCCUUCCGUCACUCGUCUGCAAGACCCCGGGGUAUUUCAACUCUUCCACUCGGGCAGGAUCUCAUCCCUGACCCGUAGAUGGCGCUCCACCCACCCUGGAACCAUGGACUCUUGACUCAAAGCUGCUGAUUCGCCGCUGCAAACUCAUCUGUGCGCAGUGAAGGUCACAGCCUGCUGUGAAAAUAUCAGUCAAAUCAUAUAAAAAGCAGGAUAGACUUCAUCCAAAUUAAAAAAUGA